AUGGCAGAGCUAUGCAAGAUCUCUGCGGCCAUGGUAUCUGAGGAAAGGUCAUUUGUGCUCAAGUUUGAUGGAUACUCGAGAGCCAAGGCGCUACUCAACAACGGCCAGCUUGUGAUUUCUACCCCAUUCAGUGUUGGAGGUCACAAGUGGACCGUGAGAUAUUACCCAAACGGUGUCCUUAAGAAUUAUGCCGAGUUCAUCUUUCUUUAUCUGCAUCUUGAAUCUGCUGAUGCCGAAGGCGUGAAGGCGAAAUACGUGCUUGCUGUACUUGACAAGAAUGGAGAAGCCGUUCCUUCAUACAGCCAUACUAAUCCCAUGCGUACAUUCUCAAAAGGUUCAGACUACAGCUACCCACUCAUGAUCAAUAAGGCUGAUCUGGAGGCAUUGGUGCAUCUGAGAAAUGACUGUCUCACCAUAAGGUGCGAUGUCACCAUCAGGGAGUUCAAGAGCCAAGAGGCAAAUAUUCCUCCAACUGACAUGCACCAGCAUCUCGCCGACCUCCUCAAGAACAAGGACGCUGCAGACCUGACCUUUGAAGUCGGCGCACAAAGUUUCUUGGCCCACAGGUGUGUCCUUGCUGCUUGCUCAUCAGUCUUCAAGGCGGAGCUCCUCAGCGCCAAGGAGAGUUCUGCAGCUAGUACUAUUAAAAUUCAUGACAUGGAACCUGAUGUGUUCAAGUCCUUGCUCCACUUCAUAUACACCGACUCAGUUCCUGUGCUUGAGAUGGCUAGCAACAAAGGCGAAGCUGAUGUGGUUAUGGCUGGCCAUCUGCUGGUAGCAGCUGACAGAUACAACAUCGUCAGGCUGAAGCAGAUAUGUGAGGAGAAAUUGUGCAAUCACAUUAAUUCCAAGAUGGUGGCCACCAGCUUGGCUUUAGCCGAGCAGCAUGGCUUCCAUCGUCUCAAAGAAGCUUGUUUGCGGUUCCUUGCUUCUCCGUCCAACUUCGAGGCAAUGAUAGCAAGUGAUGGGUAUGAGCAUCUGAGAUCUAGCUGCCCAUCUGUUCUCAAGGAGCUCAUAGCUAGAAUCCUCCCGGCUGAAUGGAAGGUGUGA